GCGCCCCUGCCCAGCCCCAGGACACCCUCUUGUGUCCCCAGGUGUCCCCAUGGCCCUGAUGGGGACCCUCACUCAUGACAUGGUUGCAGGGACAGUUGGCACUUGAGGAACUCUGUGCACUGGCAGCCCCGCGGGGAUGCCUGGCUGCAGCACCACGUGCUGAGGCUGGCCUGCAGAGGCAGGGCAGGGCUGUCCCGCUCCCCUCAUUGCCAGCCACUUCCCCGCUGGAGGCAUGUUUUGGGCUCACCGUCACCCCACAGCACGAUCUGUGGUGGCAUCCCAUGUCCCAAGCGGUUUGGGCUGGAGCAGAGCCAGCGGUGACGCAGGGAGCCAAGGGGAAGGGCUGGAAGCUGGCAGCCUCCCCCCCUCCAGGGACGCGGGGCAGCCUUUGCAUGCACCCUGCACUCAGCAGGGACGUGGCUGUGGUGCCAGGGUGCUGACCGGGCUCCCCAAAGCCACCUCCUCCGGGUGUAAGGCUCCCCGUUAGCCAGGACUGCACGGGAACACGGGCUUUGCAGCCUCGUGCGUCUUCUCAGGGCUGCUGGAAGCUGUCAGCUGCUUCCCACAGCCCGGCAUGGAGCAGCUCCGUGGGCAGCAGCCUCUGGGCGGUGAUGCUGGCACAGCCCCCGAGGAUGAGGGUGGCAUGAGCGGGAACCCCUACGCGGGGCUGGUGAGCCGCCUGCGGGCAACCUGGCUCUCGGGGAAGACGCGGCCCCUGGAGUACCGCCUGGCCCAGCUGGAGGCCCUGGGCCGCUUCCUGGAGGAGAAGAAGCAGGACAUCCUGGAGGCCCUCGACUUGGACAUGCGCAAGCCACCCUUUGAAGCCGAGUUCUCCGAGGUCCUCCUGUGCAAGAACGAGCUCAACACCACCCUUAACAACCUGUCCCACUGGAUGAAGGACGAGCAGGUGGACAAGAACCUGGCGACGCAGCUGGACACGGCCUUCAUCCGCAGGGACCCCUACGGGGUGGUGCUCAUCAUCGCGCCCUGCAACUACCCCAUUUACCUCCUCCUGGUGCCCCUCAUCGGAGCCAUCGCCGCCGGUAACUGUGUCGUCGUCAGACCCUCGGAGAUCACCAAAAACAGCAAGAGACUUGCGGUGGAAGUGCUGCCCAGGUACCUGGACAAGGACUGCUUCGCCGUGGUGACUGCGGGCAAGCAGGAGACCACCAGGCUGCUGGAGAAUAAAUUCGACUACAUCUUCUUCACUGGCAACCCCGCCAUGGGCAGGAUCGUGAUGACAGCUGCUGCCAAGCACCUGACGCCAGUGAUGCUGGAGCUGGGGGGCAAGAACCCCUGCUACGUGUCCGACAACUGUGAUGUGCAGAACGUGGCCCGGCGGGUGGCCUGGGGACGCUUCUUCAACGCGGGGCAGACCUGCAUCGGGCCCAACUACAUCCUGUGCAGCAUGGAGAUGAAGGACAAGCUGGUGCCCGCCCUGCGUGAGGCCAUCACCACGUUCUAUGGCCCCAACCCGCAGGAGUCCCCCGACUUUGCCCGCAUCGUGGGGGACAAGCAGUUCCACCGCGUGCGGGCACUGCUGUGCAGCGGGCGUGUGGCCAUCGGGGGACAGACGGACGAGAAGGAGCGCUACAUCGCCCCCACGGUGCUGGUGGACGUGCAGCCCUCCGAUCCUGCCAUGCAGGAGGAGAUCUAUGGGCCCAUCCUGCUCAUCAUCACUGUGGCCAACGUGGAGGAAGCCAUUGACUUCAUCAACAGCCGUGAGCAGCCGCUGGUCGUGUAUGUCUUCUCCUCCGACAACAAGGUGGUGAACCAGGUGCUGGAGAAGACGAGCAGCGGCAGCUUCUGCAGCAACGACACCCUGAUGCAAGUGACACUGACCUCGCUGCCCUUCGGUGGCAUUGGAUCCAGCGGCCUGGGGAAGUACCACGGCAAGUUCACCUUCGACACCUUCACCCACCGCCGCGGCUGCCUGCAGCGGGGCACUGGCCUGGAGCCCAUCAACACCCUGCGCUACCCGCCCUACGGACCCCACAAGACCGGGCUGGUCCGGGCCGCCACCACCGUCAAGCGCCAGGGGGAAUGCGCCCUGCUCUGAGGGGCCACCAAGGGGCCACCAUGGGGCCACCAUGGGGCCAUCAUGGGGCUACCAUGGGGCCCUCAUGGGGCCAUCAUGGCCACCAUGGGGCCACCAUGGGGGUACCAUGGGGCUACCUUGGGACCACCAUGGGGUCAUCAUGGGGCCAUCAUGGGACCACCAUGGGGCCACCAUGGGGUCAUCAUGGCCACCAUGGGGGUACCAUGGGGCUACCAUAGGACCACCAUGGGGCCACCAUGGGGUCAUCAUGGCCACCAUGGGGGUACCAUGGGGCUACCAUAGGACCACCAUGGGGCCACCAUGGGGUCAUCAUGGGGCCAUCAUGGGACUACCUUGGGACCACCAUGGGGCCACCACAGCCCCACCGCAGCCAUGGCGGCCCUGCAGGGCAGCUCAAUAAAUGCUUUCAACUGC